AUGGGUGCGAGCGAGAAGCGUUCACCUUCGGUGGAGCGCGAAGAGCAUGCCAUCCAUACCGUUGACAGUGUAAUCAUGGACGAGAAGCCGAUUCCUAAGGAUGAGGAGAAUCGCGACUGGACCGGUUCUGCGAAGAAAACCGACCCGGAAGAGAUCAAGCUGGUGCGGAAGCUAGAUUGGCGGAUCAUGCCGACACUCUGUAUCAUGUACUUCUUGAACUACGUCGAUCGUAAUGCCAUCGCUCAGGCACGACUGAACAACUUGGAGAAGGAUUUAGGCAUGUCGGGAACCGAAUUUAACACCACAGUUUCGAUUCUCUUUGUGGGCUACGUUCUCAUGCAGAUUCCGUCCAAUAUGUUGAUCACUAGGAUUCAACCUGGCAUGUACAUGAGCGCGUGGAUGUUGAUCUGGGCUGUAGUCUCAGAGGUCGCCUCCCGCAUCGCCCUCCUCUACUGCGCCCAAAUCCUCGCAACGGGCCUCUCCUCCCUCAUCGCAGCCGGCAUCUUCGCCGGCAUGGACGGCCUCAACGGCAUCGCAGGCUGGCGCUGGCUCUUCAUCGUCGAGGGCGCCGCCACGGGCCUCGUCGCCCUCUUCGGUUUCUGGCUCCUCCCCAAUACGCCCCUGACGACGCGCUGGCUCAACGACCGUGAGCGCGAGCUCGCUCACUCCCGCAUGGAGAAGGAUAAGCUGUCCGACUCGGAUGAUAAGAAGGCUUCUGCUAUGGAUGGCCUGAAGCAGGCUGUGAGGGAUAAGAGGACGUGGUUGUUCUGCUUGAUGCAGAAUUUCCAUCUGAGUGCUUGCAGCUUCAACUCCUUCUUCCCUACUGUUGUCAAGACUCUGGGUUUCAACACCACCAUCACCCUCGUCAUGACCUGCCCGCCUUUCAUCUUCGCCGGUGCCGCCGGUAUAUUGUUCGGCUGGAGCUCCGGUAGACUUCACGAGAGAACAUGGCACAUUACAGUCGGCCUCGGCGUCGCGAUCCUUGGCUUCGUCGUGGCGGCCUCGACGCUCAACACAGCGGCUCGCUAUGUUGCCUGCUUCAUCUUCCCUAUGGGAGCCUAUGCCGUGAACUCCGUCAUCAUCGGCUGGGCCUCUUCGACGCUAUCACAGACUAAGGAGAAGAAGGCAGUCGUCCUCGCCAUGACCAAUGUCGGUGGCCAGAUCGGCUACAUCUACGGUGCCUACCUCUGGCCUAAGAGCGACGAGCCCCGCUACGCUAUUGGUUUUGGUGCCUCUGCUGGCUUCGCCUUGCUUUCAAUCCUUUGCGCCUGGUGGAUUCGUGUCUUGCUUGUCAGGGAGAACCGGAGGAUUCGGGCUUCUACCUCGGAGAAUGUGAACUUGUAUGGAUACUAA